AUGUCCGGAUUCCAUCCGCUUUCGACCCAUCCCCGGCCCAAACUUGCGCUCGGUUUGGGUCCCUCCGCUCCCAACGCUUCAUCCUCUCUCCCCGCCCCGCCCCGCCGCCGGCGCCGCAACCUGAAUCGCAACAGGGAGAGAGGCCACGCUCUGCUCUAUGCAGAUUACUUUGCCAACACCCCGCUCUUCAGGCCGGAUAAAUUUCGUCGCCGUUUUCGUAUGGCCAGGCAUGUGUUCAAUCGUAUCCGAGAGGGAGUGGUUGCUCAUGACCCAUACUUCGAGUGCAAGACGGAUGCCCUUGGUAAGCUUGGAUUCUCCUACCAGAAAUGCACCGCGGCCAUCAGCAUGCUUGCAUAUGGAAUUCCAGGCGAUCUGGUGGAUGAGUAUGUGCGUAUGAGUGAGACAACAUGUUUGGUGUCAAUGUACAAGUUUUGCCAGGCUAUGAUCGAGGUCUUUGGCCCAGAGUACUUGAGGCAGCCAACUGCCGCUGAUACAGAGAGAUUGUUGGCGACCAACGCAGCUAGAGGCUUUCCAGGUAUGCUUGGCAGCAUAGGUUGUAUGCACUGGGAGUGGAAUAACUGUCCAUUUGCUUGGCAGGGCCAGUACAAGGGGCAUGUUAACGGGUGCACUGUCAUAUUAGAAGCGGUGGCAUCACAAGAUCUUUGGAUAUGGCAUUCUUUCUUCGGCAUGGCAGGUUCUCACAAUGAUAUCAACGUGCUGCAGCGUUCUCCAGUCUUCGCGAGACUUGCAGAAGGCCACUCCCCACCUGUCAACUUUGAGAUCAACGGCCACCAUUACAACAAGGGAUACUAUCUAGCAGAUGGUAUAUAUCCUCAGUGGUCAACUUUUGUGAAGACAAUCUCGAAACCCCAAGGUGAGAAGAGAAAGAGAUUUGCCCAAAUGCAAGAGAGUGUUAGAAAGGAUGUGGAACGUGCUUUUGGUGUGCUUCAAUCCCGGUUGGGUAUCGUUCGAAACCCUGCACUGUCAUGGAAUGAAAGGAAGCUUUGGAAGGUGAUGACUGCUUGUGUGAUCAUGCACAACAUGAUCGUCGAGGACGAGCGUGAUGAGAGUAUCUUCGACCAAGGAUUUGAUUAUCAAGGUGAAAAUAUUGAGCCCCUGCACCAAGACCCGGCCACAUUUGAACAGUUUGCCCAAUUCCACCGUGAGAUGCGUGAUUGGCACACUCAUGUGAAUCUUCAAAAUGACUUGGUUGAGCACGUGUGGGAUCACGUUGGCAACCAAUAG